AUGACCGAACGAUGGCAUUGGAUGCGCGCACAAUUCUGGACCGAUCAGGGUGUACCUUCCGCAUCGCCGAGCUUCCCACUGGGCAACAUUCAACACGCGUCCCACCUGAUGCUCGAUCUGUACCGGGAGCUAAAGGGAAAAGGUCCAUUCGCCGGGAUCUUCCAGUUCGUGGUACCCGUUGCAUUCGUGACGGACCCGGAAAUGAUCAAAAACGUGUUGGUGCGCCAUUAUCGUCACUUCUCCGAUCGGGGAGGAUAUAGCAACGCAAAACAUGAGCCACUCAGUGGACACAUGCUCAACGCACAGGCUCACCGUUGGACGGUGCUACGCCAUGCAGCCAUUCCGGCCUUCUCAUCGGGACGACUGAAGGCCUUCUACCCUGUGAUAGUGCAACUGAUGGAUCGGUUAAUGGAGGGUUUGCAUAAGAAGCUGGGCCCAAGUGAAGAGUGUGUCAUCGAAUGCCAGGAUGUGGUCGGACGACUGUCAACCGAUAUUAUUGCAUCCUUUUUGCUCGGUAUCGAUGGUAAAAGCCUCUCGCAGGCUGACGGUGGCCUAUACACUCGUGUUAAUGGCAAGACGUUUCUCAUUCCAUCCACGUGGAAAUUGUUUUUCAUGACUUCAUGUCGAACGCUUGCACGGGCACUUCGGUUGAAGCUAUUCGCGAACGACAUUACCGUGCUGUUCCAACGGUUGGUACACGACGUAAUAGCCUUCCGGGGGAAUCGCAAUGAACAGAGAGAGGAUCUCUUGCAACGGUUUUUACAAUUGUCCGACGAAAAUGGCAAACCAUUGCUCAAGGAGGAUGAGGUCGCGGCAGAAGUGCUCUUGUUCUUUGCAGCCGGCUACGAGUCCACCUCAGUGAUGGUAGCGUAUUGUCUCGAUCAACUGGCACGUAAUCCGGAGAUUCAAGAACGUGCUCGUGAAUGUGCGCUUGAAGCGCGCGCCAAGCAUGGUGGCCUGAAUUACGAAGCACUACAAGACAUGCAGUAUAUCGAUCAGUGUUUAGCUGAAACGCUUCGACUAAAACCUCCAGGCAUUAACGCGAUUCGCGUGGUCACGGAAGACUACCAGGUGCCUGGUUCAUCGAUCGUACUACGGAAAGGACAAAACAUUAUCAUUCCCGUAUAUGCCAUUCACUACGAUCCUGACUACUAUCCGGAUCCGGAACGUUACGAUCCCGAUCGGUUCACGCCAGAAGCCUGCGAAACUCGAACGCCCUUCACGUACAUGCCAUUCGGCGAGGGACCAAAGAUAUGUAUUGCCUAUCGACUGGCUAAGCUGCAGAUGCGCAUUGUCGUGGCCACGCUUCUGUGCAGCUAUCAGUUCGAUCCGUUAGAUGAAACAUCCGAAAAACAACAAUCGGAAACGUACACUGUCCUGAAACCGAACAACGGUGUGUAUCUCAAGAUGAGCCGGAUCGUAAAAUGA